ACUGAAAUGUAAAAUUUAUAGAAAUAGUAAACUAAGUUGCAAAAGUUAAUAAAAUGAGAAAUGGGCCAAUUUGAUGGAGAUGUCGGCCUCGAGUUGGGCUUGACUGGUCCAAGAGCAUCCCGUAACCGGGUAUGUGGGUCUCGGUUCGCUUUUACUCGCACUAUUCUCCGCCCGGCGGAUAUCGGGUACGCCUUUUCUCACCUGAUCGAGGAAUCGGGCCGCCCGCUCCAUCAGCAACUGAUCGGACGUGGGUUUCGGUUCGUUCCCUUCGCGCUACCCUCCGCCCGGAGGAUAUCGGGUCUGCCUUUCUCGCCCGCUCCAAGAAUCUGACCCUUCGACCCGCAGGGAGCUGAAGCACUCCCCUCUUUCCCAAAUCUCUGUUAGGUUUCCUCCUCCUACCUCGAUCCUUCCUCUCUCUGUGAUCCGAGGAUGCCGUAGUCCUCGUCGGAGUUCCACCCGAGCACAUUCCCGUCGGAUCGCUCCGCCGAGCUCGCACCUCACCAACCUGCUGCUGCCACAUCUCUUAACUAGUAAAGUUGCCAUUUUUUAACUACCUUCCUCUGUUAACUACUAUUAUUAUACUUCAGGUCGUUACACACUACUUACUAUUUAUUAAACUAUACUCCUCAAGCCAUCAAAACAUCAAUUGCUAUCAAACAAGCUAGCUAUUUGUCGUUACUAGCUAGGGACAUGGGGAGUGAACCAAAAACCGCUAUUCCCAUUGUGGACUUAUCCCCUUUCCUCUGCGGCGGCGGUGGCGGCGACGAAGCUGGGGUGAAGCUGGCCACGGAGACGAUCGGCGAAGCGUGCCGACACUACGGCUUCUUCUGGAUCGUCAAUCAUGGCGUGCCACGCGAGCACAUGGCCCGGGCCAUUGAGCUCUCGCAGGCGUUCUUCGCCCUCCCCGACGAAGAGAAGCGAAAGGUGAAGCCCGCGGAAGGGUCGAAAGCGCCGCUGCCUGCGGGCUACUCCCGACAGCCGGAGCACUCCGCCGACAAGAAUGAGUACUUGAUGGUCUUCAGCCCGGAGUUCGGGUUUAACCUCUAUCCGAAUGAGCCCGCGGAGUUCAGAGCAAUCCUGGAGGAGUGCUUCUGCAUGCUUAGCAAAACGGCGUUGAUAGUUCAAGACAUCGUGAACGAAUGCAUGGGGCUUCCGGCCAACUUCCUGAAAGAGUACAACAGCAACCGGAGUUUCGACUUCAUGACGGCGCUGAGGUACUUUCCGACAACGGGUGCGGGGGACAACAGGCUGAGCGAGCACCAGGACGGGAACUGUCUGACAUUCGUCUUCCAGGAUGACAUCGGCGGGUUGGAGGUUCUCAAGGACGGCGAGUGGAUCCCCGUGGAUCCGACCGACGGUAGCAUCAUCGUUAACGUAGGCGAUAUUUUUCAGGUGUUAAGCAACAACAAAUUCAAGAGCGCCAUGCACAGGGUGACGAGGAAGAGCACGCACAGGCACUCCUUCGCCUACUUCUUCAACCUCCACGGCAAGAAGUGCUGGAUCGAGCCAUUGCCGCAGUUCACGACGGACAUCGGCGAGAAGCCACGGUACAGGAAAUUCCUGUACAACGAAUACAUCCAGCUGCGGAUGAGGAACAAGACGCACCCUCCCUCCCGCCCCGAGGACGUCAUUCACAUUACCCACUAUGCUGUCUGAGUUCUCAUAGCAUAAUUAAUUUAAAAUCCCCGCCCCAGAAAAGGGCUUAUAUUUUAUGUUAGUUAGGCUGUUUUUGCUCCUAGCUAGCUAGUUACAUGUUGAAUUCCAGGAAUUAAUAUAUGCCUUUAGAAAUCCCCAAACUCCAAACUCUUGUGUUUGUGAGAUCUUCUUAGGAAGGGUAUUGUACGUGUGCGACAUUUGAUGAAAUCCUUUAAAUUUGUGUUAUCUUGCAUACUGAGGUCACUGUAGGUCGAUCCACGGCCAAUAAAUGUUGCAACCAAAGAGGCCGGGAGAUUUGUAAUUUACAAAGGUAUAUUGUUCUCAGGAUUGUUUAACUAAUUCAAGUCAUGAUGGAAAUGAGAACUUGGAAAUCUAA